AUGUUUGCGUCCCUGUUGAACCGCGGCGCCUUGUCGCUGGUGGUGGUUUCGCUGCUGGCGUCCAGUGUUGCGGCUGAUGUAUUCGAGAGGCUUGCUGCUGUGCCAGAAGGAUGGCAAUAUUCCCGAACCCCUCGCUCCAACCAGCCUAUCAAGCUUCAGGUUGCCCUCUCCCAGGGCGAUACUGCUGGGUUCGAGCAGGCCGUGCUGGACAUGUCGACCCCUGGGCACCCGAAUUACGGGAAGCACUUUCGCAGCCACGACGAGAUGAAACGCAUGUUGCAACCGACUGCUUCCUCUGUAGAUGCCGUGCGGGACUGGCUCGAGGACGCCGGAAUCACCGAUAUCCAACAAGAUGCGGACUGGAUGACAUUCCACACGACCGUGGAGAAGGCCAAUGACCUCCUGGAAGCCAACUUCCAGUACUAUAUCAACCGCUUCCACCAUGUCGAGCGCCUGCGAACCCUCGAAUACUCGAUCCCCGGCUCGCUUGUUACCCAUGUCAACCUCGUGACGCCUACCACUCGCUUUGGUCAGCUGCACGCCAAUCGCAUGACUCUCCACGGAAAGUCCAAGACCGCCGAUGAAACCUUCAAGAAGGCCGUGCUGUCCGCCAGCACUGACUGCAACAGCGCUAUCACACCUCAAUGCCUCAAAGAGUUGUACAAGGUCGAUGACUACGAGGCGGAUGAGAGCAAUGGCAAUAAGGUCGCAUUCACUAGUUAUCUGGAACAGUAUGCGCGGUAUUCCGAUCUUGCUUUGUUCGAGCAGGAUAUUGCCCCCUAUGCCGCGGGGCAAAAUUUCACUGUUAUCGAGUAUAAUGGUGGUCUGAAUGACCAGAACUCGAAUUCUGAUAGCAGCGAGGCCAACCUGGAUCUGCAGUAUAUCGUUGGUAUCAGCUCCCCUGUCCCGGUCACCGAGUUCAGCACUGGUGGUCGUGCUCCUCUCGUCCCGGAUCUAGAUCAGCCCGACGUGAACAAUAACAACAAUGAGCCGUACCUUGAGUUCCUGCAGAACCUUGUGAAUAUGGACGACAAGGAUCUGCCUCAGGUCAUCUCUACCUCGUAUGGCGAGGACGAACAGAGCGUCCCCGCAACAUAUGCCCGCAGCGUCUGCAAUCUGUUCAUGCAACUCGGGAGCCGCGGCGUUUCCGUGAUCUUUUCCUCCGGCGACUCUGGCGUCGGCGCAGCCUGCCAAACCAACGACGGCACGAACACAACCCACUUCCCGCCCCAGUUCCCCGCCGCCUGCCCAUGGGUAACUUCCGUCGGCGCGACAACCAACAUAUCCCCUGAACGCGCCGUCUACUUCUCAUCCGGCGGCUUCUCCGACCUCUGGGAGCGCCCAGAUUGGCAAAACGCCUCCGUCGCCGCGUACCUAUCCCAGCUCGGCGAUCGCCAAGCAGGCCUGUUCAACGCCAGCGGCCGCGCCUUCCCCGACGUCGCCGCCCAGGGUCAGAACUACGCCAUCUACGAGAAGGGCCGAAUGACCAAGGUGGACGGGACGUCGUGCGCUUCGCCCGCUUUCGCGGGUAUCAUCGCGCUGCUGAACGACGCCCGCAUCAAUUCCAACCUGUCGACUAUGGGCUUCCUGAACCCGUGGCUGUACUCGAACCCGGGUGUGCUGAAUGAUAUCACCAUUGGCGGAAGCACAGGGUGCGAUGGUAAUGGGCGAUUCAGUGGACCUGCGAAUGGCGGACCUGUUGUGCCGUAUGCGAGCUGGAAUGCCACUGCGGGCUGGGAUCCUGUGACUGGUCUGGGCACGCCGAACUUUGAGAGCAUGUUGAUGGUAGCGACUGGGAACUAG